GUCGGACGACCAUUGUAAAGCUCGCAGUCAGCCAGGUCUCAGAAGUUAGAAGUCUCAGUCUCUCCUUCAGACACUUCUGUUGAUGAUCGAAAUCCCUAAUUGAUCAAAUUUUGAAUCCCUAAUCAAACAAUGGCUCCUCCACCACAAGCAUCGAAAUCUCAAUCUCCAUCUCAACCUUCUGGGAAAGGAGAAGUAUCAGAUUUGAAGCUACAGUUACGACAACUAGCUGGAAGUAGAGCACCAGGAACAGACGAUUCAAAAAGAGAGUUAUUCAAGAAAGUGAUAUCAUACAUGACAGUGGGAAUAGAUGUAUCAUCAUUGUUCAGCGAAAUGGUUAUGUGUUCAGCAACACAUGAUAUAGUGUUAAAGAAAAUGUGUUAUUUAUAUGUUGGUAAUUAUGCUAAAGGGAAUCCAGAUCUAGCAUUAUUAACUAUUAAUUUCUUACAGAAAGAUUGUAGAGAUGAAGAUCCAAUGAUCAGAGGAUUAGCAUUGAGGAGUUUGUGUUCAUUGAGAGUUACGAAUUUGGUUGAGUAUUUAGUUGGUCCGUUAGGUUUAGGUUUGAAAGAUGGGAAUCCUUAUGUUAGAACUGUUGCUGCUGUUGGUGUUUUGAAAUUAUAUCAUAUUUCACCAUCUACUUGUAUCGAUGCUGAUUUUCCGUCUACGUUGAAGAUGUUGCUGCUUAAUGAUUCUGAUUCUCAGGUAGUAGCAAAUAGUUUAUCUGCUUUACAAGAGAUUUGGAGCUUGGAAGCAAGUAACUCUGAAGAAGCUUCUAGGGAGAGAGAAGGUUUGCUUAGCAAGCCUGUAGUAUAUUACCUCUUGAACCGGAUCAGAGAAUUCAGUGAAUGGGCACAGUGUCUUGUACUUGACUUGGUCUCCAAAUAUGUACCCACAGAUAGCAAUGAGAUAUUCGAUAUUUUGAAUCUCCUCGAGGAUAGACUUCAACAUGCAAAUGGUGCUGUUGUCUUAGCAACUACUAAGCUAUUCCUGCACUUGACCCUGUCUAUGGCGGAUGUUCACCAACAGGUGUAUGAACGUAUUAAAGCACCUCUGCUCACUCUAGUGAGCUCUGGAAGUCCAGAACAAUCUUAUGCUGUAUUGAGCCACUUACAUCUUUUGGUUAUGCGAGCACCAAUUCUUUUUUCUUCGGACUACAAGCAUUUCUAUUGCCAGUACAAUGAGCCAUCUUAUGUUAAGAAGUUGAAGCUCGAUAUGCUGACUGCAGUGGCAAACGAGAGUAACACAUAUGACAUUGUGACGGAGUUAUGUGAAUAUGUUGCAAAUGUUGACGUGCCCAUUGCAAGAGAGUCAGUGCGAGCUGUUGGGAAAAUAGCACUACAGCAGUAUGAUGUUAAUGCUAUUGUUGACAGACUUCUUCAGUUUCUUGAGAUGGAAAAGGACUAUGUGACUGCUGAAACUCUGGUGCUUGUGAAAGAUCUCUUACGAAAAUAUCCUCAAUGGAGUCAGGACUGUAUAGCAGUUGUUGGGAAUAUCAGCAGCAAGAAUGUCCAAGAACCCAAGGCCAAGGCUUCUCUUAUAUGGAUGCUGGGAGAGUAUUCUCACGACAUGCUUGAUGCUCCCUACGUUCUGGAAACCCUUAUUGAAGAUUGGGACGAAGAACAUUCUCCAGAGGUCCGACUGCACCUUCUUACUGCAGUUCUUAAAUGUUUCUUUAGAAGGCCACCCGAGACACAGAAAACUCUGGGAGCUGCAUUGGCUGCAGGACUUGCUGAUUCUCACCAGGAUGUUCAUGAUAGAGCUUUAUUCUACUACAGACUUUUGCAAAACAAUGUAUCUGUAGCAGAACGUGUGGUUAACCCUCCAAAGCAAGCGGUUUCUGUCUUUGCUGAUACUCAGAACAGUGAAGUCAAAGAUCGCAUAUUUGACGAAUUCAAUAGCCUGUCUGUUGUCUACCAGAAGCCUUCCUAUAUGUUUACUGAUAAAGAGCAUAGGGGGCCGUUUGAGUUUUCGGAAGAUCCUGGAAGUUUGUCAGUGGGAGCAGAAUCUGUAGAUAAUGUAUUGCCGGCACACCGAGUUGAAGCUAGUGACAAUGAUCUUCUACUAAGUACUUCAGAAAAGGAAGAAAGUAAAGGUCUUAUCAGUAAUGGUUCUGCAUACAAUACUUCUUCAUAUGAUGCUUCUUCUGUAGCUCAGGCCACUUCACAACUGACAAUAUCGAACUCCAGCGGUCCACAGCCUUCCUUCGCGAUUGAUGAUCUUCUUGGUUUAGGUCCAGCAAUUGCACCUGCACCUAUACCUGCACCUCCUUCAUUGAAUCUUAAUGCAAGGGCAGUUCUUGAACCAAGCUCAUUCCAGAGGAAAUGGGCACAGCUACCAGUAUCUUUGACUCAGGAAAUCUCUAUGAACCCCCAAGGAAUUGCAGCACUGACAUCUCCACAAGUACUCCUCAGACACAUGCAAGCACAUUCAGUUCAUUGCAUUGCCUCAGGUGGCCAAGCUCCAAACUUCAAGUUUUUCUUUUAUGCUCAAAAAGCAGAGGAGGCGACUACAUUUUUUCUGGUGGAGUGCGUCAUUAAUACAUCAACAUCGAAGGCACAGAUGAAGUUGAAAGCCGAUGAUCAAAGUCUCUCUGAAGCAUUCUCAACUUUGUUCCAAUCGGCUCUGUCCAAAUUCGGCAUGUCCUGAUAAUGUUUGGGUUUCUGUUAUUUUUACUCCAGUGUGAUUAGGUGGCUUUCUCUUCCUGACUUGUUCAUAGAGAGAACGGAGGCAGUUAUGAUCCUCGAAGGCAAAGCUCCAUUACCAGUCCUACCAGCAAGAAAACCAAGAUCUGGCAGUAUCUGCCUUGCCAACUGAAGUAAUAUUUGCAAGAUGAUGGAGUUGGAAAUGGUGGGGUUGAGAUUGGUUGUCCUUGUGAUCGCUCAUGGUUAACUACACUCAGCAGUUUAUCUUAAGACCGCUUCUUGGUUUCAAAUUUGUAUUUUGUAGUAUAUGUUUCUUGACAUACUGUAGUAUUAUGAAGAGAAGACCAUGAUAAAUGACUGGAAGUGUACUCGUCCUUUCAUCUUCAGAAUUUUUGACAAUAAAAUUUGAAGUAUCACGGCAGUUGAUCUGAUAUUCCUAA